ACGCACACACACACACAUACACAUAGAAAAUGUCUGGUCCACUGCCCGAAAUCAGCGCCGAGCAGCGCAAAACAUUGGAACAGUUCCGCAAGUUGAUGAGCCCCGAGCUGAACGAGACGCAUGAUGAUUAUUUUCUACUGCGCUGGCUGCGAGCUCGCAAAUGGAAUGUGGAGGCUGCAGAGAAAAUGCUUAAAGCGAGUCUCAAAACGCGCGCCAUGUGGAACGUGGAUAACAUAGAGAAGUGGGAAGCUCCCAAGGCGCUGCGCGAGUAUCUGCCCUAUGGCGUCAUGGGCUUCGACAAGGAGGGAUCGCCAGUAAUCGUUUGUCCGUUCUACAACUAUGACAUCUGGGGCAUGAUGCACUGCGUCACUCGUUUCGAGUUUCAAAAGUAUUUGGUUCUGCUGCUGGAGCGAUUCAUGAAGCUCGCCUACGAGCAGAGCCUGAAGCAUGGCUGGAAGGCGCGCCAGCUGGUCGUCUUCUUGGACUGCGAGUCGAUGAACCUGAAGCAGUACGCCUGGCGGCCAGCAGCCGAGUGCGUCAUCUCGUCCAUCAAGCAGUACGAGGCCAACUUCCCAGAGCUGCUCAAAAUGUGCUACAUCAUCAAUGCACCGAAGCUCUUCUCGGUGGCCUUUAACAUAGUGAAGAAGUUCCUGGACGAGAACACCACCAGCAAGAUUCACAUCUACAAGUCCGGCGUGGACAAGUGGCAGGAGUCGCUGUUCUCACUCGUUGAUCCCAAGAACUUUCCCAAGAGCUGGGGCGGCCAGCUUGUCGACAAACUGGGCGAUCCCCAGUGCAAGUCCAUGAUGGUGUGGGGUGGCAAGCUGCCCGAGGAGCUCUACAUCGAUCAGAACAGCCAGCAAAGCGACAAGAACUUCACCGACACCCAAGUGCCCAAGGGAGACAAGCUCAAGCUGAACUUCAAGGUGAAUGGGCAGCAGGAGGAGCAGCUGCUCUCGUGGAACUUCCGCACCUUCGACUACGACAUAAAAUUUGGCAUUUACAGCGUGGACGAGAAGACGGGCGAGAAGCGCAGCGAAGUGCCGCUUGGCACCGUCUACUCCAACGAAAUGGAUGAGGUGGGCUGCAUCUCCACAAGACCCAACACCACAUACACCGUUGUGUUUGACAACUCGGCCAGCUAUUUGCGCAGCAAGCGCCUGCGCUACUGGGUCGAUCUCAUUUCGGACGAGGAGGAGGGCAUCGCAGAGCUCACCAACCAAAUGGACAACACGCAAAUUGCGACAGCUUAAAGCGGCGAAGCCGCAACCGCAAUGCAGCCAAAAAAAAGAGCGCAAAAAGCUAAGCAGUAGAACAAGUUUUAAAUUCGGCCUUGUCGAAUUUUGUAUACCCUUGCUAAAAGACAAGAGCAAAUCCUUAAGAAACUAUCCUUUUGUCUUUUAUCCUUCGUUUUCCGAUUUCUGUUUUGAAUUCCAUCAAAUCGUGUAUCUCUUGACUAAUGUACAUUAUUGACUAUUACAGUCCAAUCGGUCGACAAUUUCUUCUGUGCGAUUAAGUUGGAACCAAUCUAAAUGAGUUACUCCAGAAGUAUUUCCACCUCGUUCAGUUUCGUAAGGUCUAUCUCAGCAAGGGUACAUAAGAAACACAAACAACUAUAUUUACUAACCUCGGUGCAAGCACUCACAGAAUCGCUCGACGGCCGACCCAUGUGAUAAAUGAUAUAAGCAAA